AUGGGUGCUGAUGAUGCUUCUCCCUCCACUAGGCAAGCUGCAGUUGAAUGCGUUGAACAGUGGAUCAAAUUGCCUGGAGUUGGAUUGCAGCAGUGGGCUCCUGUUCUUUCUGUAGUUUUUGGAGCGGUUGCUGAGGACAGUGCUGCACUAACAAAUCUGCUCAAUAUUCUUGCGGCAAAUGACGAGCUGGCUUCCACCGAUCAACUCGUCAAUGAUUUAUGCUAUUAUAUCACAACAACCGUUGCUCAGGUAAUCCGAAAGGCUUCCUACAACCUUUAUCUUGCAUAG